UCUAGCUUGAGCUUCCCCCGCAAGAACAAUCUUCAAUUGCUACCACGUAUUGACUACAGCGGGACUUACUGUCUAUCUAAGAGAGUGUUAAGUGAGUCGAUCAGACCGUCAUGAGACUGCACUACAAGUAAAUUGGCAAGAGGUGUAGGGUGAAUGUAGGUGUCCGAAUUCGUAUCACGGGAUUGCAGCGAUUCUUAGCGCCACCUACCGGCGCGGGGCUUUGGUGAGGAUUCAACAUCAACACUACCAGGCCCCGGCGUUACGUACGUCAAGCCCAUGAUACAUGAUCAACUUCCGUAAUCGACGUUGAACUGCUUGACACGCUACAAGUUGUUAAUGCAAACAUGAAUCGCUUGUUUGGUGCGAAGAGCAACACCCCAAAGCCCACUCUCAGUGGUGCCAUUUCCAAUGUCGAUAGUCGGAUCGAGACCGUCGAUGUUAAGAUAGCAAAACUGAAUGCAGAGCUUUCAACACAUCAGUCACGUCUGGCAAAGAUGCGAGAUGGACCCGGCAAGACGGCGAUCAAACAAAAGGCCUUGAAGGUGCUCCAACAGCGCAAGAUGUACGAAGCACAACGUGACCAACUUCAGCAACAAUCGUGGAACAUGGAACAAGCAGGCAUGAUGCAGGACAACCUCAAGAACACUAUGACUACGGUAGAUGCCAUGAAAACCACGACCAAGGAGCUUCGGAAGCAGUACGGCAAGGUAAACAUAGACAAAAUCGAAAAGCUUCAAGAUGAGAUGGCGGAUCUGAUGGACAUCGGGAAUGAGAUACAAGAGAGCAUUAGCCGAAGUUACGAUGUACCUGAGGAUGUUGACGAGGCAGAACUAGAUGCCGAGCUUGAAGCCCUCGGAGAGGAGGUGGAAUUUGAAGGCUUGGGAGCGGAGUCAGAAGGCUUGCCCGCCUUCAUGAUGGACGAAGCAAGACCACCCCAGUUCAUCGAUGAGGCUCCGCAGGCAGGAGGUCAAAUCAAGGAAGCAGCGGGCUGAUUUCUGCCGUCCUUAAUGUUCCAUAUUGAGAUACCGAGUCUAGGGUUCAUUGCGUUGAUGGUGGCAAUCUUGGCAAAACGCAGAAACUAGAACAACCCAUCGGCCGAAGAGUCAUGAGUAGAUAUGCCGGACCGGUUGUCGAUGCCUUCGCGAGGCAAACUCGCUCUUAUGACGAGCUCCGCGGGCUUGGCAAACCCUUGGCACCACAGUGGUCGGAGGCGGGGUCCCCACAACUCGCGGCAUCCUGGGAGAAAACACGACGUGCAUGGCAAGCAUCGGGCUAGGCGUUCGCAUGGCAUUCAGGCAUAAUCGCGGGACAACUUAUCCGUGCCGUCUUGAUAAAGUCAUCUUGAUAUAUCACUCGCACCACACAACGAAUUGAUAGUGAACAGUGUAAGCUUCAUUCGCCUCAUCCAGCGCUAUGACAGACGUGAUACCACAUUCUGCUUGCUGUGCUAUGCCACAUAGUCGUCCGCGUUCGG